AUGGCUAGGCUCCCUGGGGGUGGGGGACUCGACGCCGACUGCCUCGAAGGGGUUGGAACGGGAGACGCACGCCGUGGAGAUUUGCAGAUCGCUGUGUCCAACUGCGGCGUCGACUGGUCCACUGGCUCAUUAUUGGAUAUUGAUACAGUGUUCAACGUGAGGACAAACCAAUAUUCGCACAGCAACUUCACCAGGAGGAUAACGUCGCAUAGCAACUCGCCAGUAAAUGUCACUGGAAGGAUUAUAACGUCGCAUAGCAACCCGUCAGUAAAUGUCAACGAAAGGAAAACGUCGCAUAGCAACCCGUCAGUAAAUGUGACAGCGAGGAAAAGAUCAAAUAGCAAUGCGGAUGUAAUUCUAACGGAACUGCCAGUUCCCGAAGCAUUUUCCGAGUCAGGAUUUUAUGGAGACAGAAGAAUACUGAAGUACCGAUGGUUUUUUAAGCCAAAUAAAACCAGACAUUUCCAGUUAGAUCAUCGGUUCUUGAAAGGUUCUGCCAAAGCGUGCACAUUCAACGAGCGACAUCAGCUGGGUGUGUUAGUGAUGACAAUGCAUCGCAUGGAGUCACAAAGACAGGCGAUUCGUAAUACCUGGGGUAGUGUGUCUACCCUGGGUACAUGGCCAGGGUCAAUAGAGAAAUUUUCUAUUAAAUUACUUUUCGUCUUAGGUGUUAGUAAAAACGAUUCCUUAAACAUCGCGAUCUCCAAGGAAGCAGAGGGAAGGGGAGACUUGAUCAUAGCAGAAUUUGACGAAAGCUACUACAACUUGACACGCAAAGUCUUGAUGGGGUUCAAGUGGAUUAGAGAGUUCUGCCCCACAGCCAAGUACGUCAUGAAAGUUGACGAGGACACGUAUCUAAACAUCCCAAAGUUUGUAGCGCUGAUGAAUUCACGAAAAUGGGACAAUCUCAUAUAUGGCCCAUACUUUGUGACUUCCCCUGUAGAGAGAGGCGGAAAGUACAUGGUGCCAAAAGAAGCGUAUCCAAUAGUCGUGUAUCCGCCGCACGUUAAGGGAAACCUGUACGUCAUGCCCACUGAUGCUGCAAUGAAGAUCUUAGCCGUGUCUGAAUACAUGCCAUACGUAAGUAUGGAGGACACGCAUGUGACAGGAAUACUGGCUAAAAUAUUCAAUUUCAGACACGUUGGAGUAUCUCCAGGACUCUAUUAUUUAAGUAAACCUGCCACGCCGUGUCAGCUUGCAAAUGGGAAUAAGAUGAUUUCACAACAAAUAUUUAAUCAAACAUUUUACGCAAUAUGGAGUCGAGUUCAAGACCCUUCGUUAUGCGAAGCUGUCCAAUCAAAGUCAUUGUAACAGCUUCCUUGUGUCCUCUUGCCCAAUUACAGUCAUUGUAUCAGCUUCAUUGUGUCCAGUUGUCCAAUUAAAGUCACUGUAACAGUUUCCUAAAGGGCAAAAUCAGGAUUUUGUAACAUUGUAGGGGCGGUUGGUGGGAUACAAAAAUGAUUAAAGACUUCGUCGAGUUUGUUGUAGCAAAUGAGCCGAUCUCCCAAAGGAUUGAGACUUGUAGAUGCCAAGAGACACGAUUUUAGGGCAAAAGUUG